AUGUCUCUCCAGUCGUCAAACCUCAAGGAAGAGUACAUCCCACUCAAUGAGAUUAGAAGACCCAUUCCCCCGGUGCUAGACUACCAGAAAAUCGAUGCCAUGGUACUGACCCUCCAAGGCAAUCCUAUGGCGUCUGCUACCUGUGGAGUUGAAGAUAUCACACCAGGAGAGUUGCCACCAAUUGAUGUGUUCUUGGUCCGUGAGCAAGGAAAGAACUACUACUUUGCGUUUGGUGGUUGCCAUAGGUUCCAGGCGUACGAUAAGUUGUCGAAGGACGGUGAGAAGGUGCCAAUGGUUAAGGCGAGAAUCUUGCCGGCUACCAGGAAAACGCUCAAGGUGUACUUGGGCGGCUCUGUCGAUGAGAUGUUUAAAGAUUAA